AUACUCUUUGAUCCAUUGAGCCAAAUUCCUGGACCAUUUCUUGCAAAAUUCUCAUCGCUAUGGGUUGUUUUACAAUGCCGACAAGCAAAGCGUUCAAUUUCAACCCUCCACCAGCAUCGAAUGCAUGGGGAAUUUGUCCGGAUUGCGCCAAAGCAUAUCUCAAUCUCAAACAAGGAAGCAUUGGAAACGAUAUAUGGACACAAGUCUGGAUUUACUAAAGUUGAACCUGCUCUGUUUAAUACCCAAGACGUGCAAGUUCAUCAACGCAAAAGGCGAUAUCUAAGUGCGGCUUUUUCUGCCAAGAAUCUCAAAGAAUAUGAGCCUCAUAUGACUGAACAAAUCUCCAAGUUGAUGCAGUGCUUUAAUCGUCAUACCAAGGAUAAAAAGUCAGCUGAAGUAGACUUCAACGACUACUGUGAAUACGCAGGCGACUAUUCAUUUGGGAAGUCUUUCGGCUUCCUCGAUCAUGAGCGAGACCACCUCAACCUUAUAGCAAUCAUCGAUGCGAGAGGAGAAGUCCUGAACGCACUUGGACACAUCCCACAAUUCCUUCGACCAAUGAUGAAGUACUUCUUCUUGGACUCCUUCUGGCCCAGAGGUCUACGAGCAACCUCAAACCUGGCAUGGAUUGGAAAGAAUGCCUAUUUCCAACGCAGAGACCAAGAGAGCAGCCGAAAGGAUCUCCUCAGUUUUCUCUUCAACGCCAAAGAUCCAGAUACCGAAGCAGCCCUCAGUGAGAACGAGAUAAUCGCCGAGUCAAUCUCUUUCAUUGUUGGCGGAAGCGAUACGACUAGUUCUACCAUGACCAACGUUGUGGAUAUCGUAUCGCGAGUACCUGAGAUUCAGCAGCAACUUCAAAGGGAGCUGGACCAAGCAUUUCCAAGCCCGAUUCCAGGUAAUUGGGUCGCUGACUUUCAGACUGUUAAUCAACUUCCUAUCUUGAACGCUGUUGUUCGAGAGACCAUGAGGUUCAAGCCCACUAGUUCCACCGGCUUGGAACGAGUCACUCCUGCUGGAGGGAAGAUCAUUGCUGGACAAUAUAUUCCAGAAGGAAACCCAGAAGUUUUUGAUAUUUCUCGAUGGACAAAUGGGAGCUCCUCGGAUCUUCUUGAUUCUUUCUUUCCGUUUUCGACGGGACCCCGAGCAUGCAUUGGACGAAAUUUUGCUUGGAUGGAAAUGCUCAAAACGUUGGCAACAAUCUUUAGACUCUUUGAGAUCGAGAGGAUCAAUGAAUUGGAGACAGAGGUACGGGAAGGGUUCUUCGUGAAAAACAGCGAGUGCAAUGUGCGAGUUCGGCCCAGAGAGGCCAGGGAAUGA